AUGGUCGAGAAACCUCCUCAUGUGCUGUCAUUGCUUCUUGCGCUUGUUGUUGGGUGCUCGAUGGAGACAAAUAAUGGAAUGCAAUCACAAUGUGAUCAUCGAUAUUGUGCAGGGUUCCACAAACCUAUAUAUGGGACAAAGGAAACGAGGCAUGCGAGUACAACUUCUAUCCACUUGACCCUCAUGCUUAAAGGAUAUGGUCCAAAGGCAUCAGCGAGUGGUGGAAAACAGAAAGCCAUUAAAAAGAUUGUGGAGGAUAAGACGUUUGGGCUGAAAAACAAGAAGAAGAGUAAAACUGUUCAAAAAUUCGUCAAGUCCGUCGAAAUUCAGGCCAAGAACAUGGUUAUUGAUGCGAAAAAAGCAGAAAUGAAGCGGGCAAAGAAGGAGGAGGCGAAGAGGCAAGAGGCUGAGAUGGCCAUGUUGUUCAACACACGCACUGAGGGCUCCAAGGAUACCACGAAAGAAAGUGAUCAACAGAUAGAGAACGGAAUGACUGGGAAGGAACUUUUGGAAGACUAUGAGUACCAAAGCUCAGUGCAGGCAUUGACACGAUCUGAUAUUGACAAACCCUUGGGAGAGAUCACUGUAGACCAAGAAAUUGAGGAGCUCCGAGCAAAAGUAAAUGAGAGUGAAAAGAUUCCGAUUGACAAGCAAUGGUUCGACGAGUGGGUACAGAAGAACAUCUUGAAGAACUACACAAAGGCCGAGAAGAAGGCAGCGAACAGAAUCGCCAAAAAGACUGGGAAGCAGGUUGGAAUCGGUACUCCUUCUGACACCGGGACUAAGUUCUGGUCUUGA